AUGGCCGGGCCUUCGCCUUCUCCUCAUAAACCAAGGCGGAAGGCCAAGCAGCGGGCUGGCAACGCGACAGGCAGCCUCAGCAGUGCCAGCUCGGUCGAGACAUCGGUUCGCACUCCGUCAUUCCCCCUCGCUGCUUUUCUCUGGCCGGCAAGGGGCUCCGUCUCGCAAUGGGAAUUGCUGCCUCUGAUCCUCAUGACCGCUGGGCUGUUCCGCUGGGCUGCCGGACUCUGGGGCUACUCGGGCUUCGAGAAACCGCCCAUGUUUGGCGACUACGAGGCGCAACGGCACUGGAUGGAGAUCACGACACAGCUUCCCAUAUCUCAAUGGUAUUUCCACGACUUGCAAUGGUGGGGCCUUGACUACCCGCCUCUGACGGCGUACCACAGCUGGCUCUGCGGCAAGGUCGGCUCGCUCAUCGACCCUUCCUGGUUCGCUCUUUUCUCGUCCCGUGGCAUACACGACCCGACGCUGAAGAUAUUCAUGAGGGCCACCGUGGUGGUGUCGGAAUACCUGAUCUACGUCCCCGCUGUCGUCGUCUUCGUCCGUCGUUUCAGCAAGCUGAAUGGCGUUGCAAGCUGGCCUGCUUCGGUUGCCCUUGUCGCCAUCCUGAUGCAGCCCGCCACAAUCCUCAUUGACCAUGUUCACUUCCAGUACAAUACUGUGAUGCUUGGCUUUGUGGUAGCAAGCAUGUCCAGCAUGCUGGCAGGCCGCAAUCUCUGGUCAGCCGUCUUCUUCGUCGCCGCCCUGGGCUUCAAGCAAAUGGCGCUGUACUACGCCUUGUCCGUCUUUGCCUACCUCCUUGGCAGCUGCGUGUUCCCGCGAAUCAACAUCCCCCGUCUCGUCUCAAUCGCAGCAAUCACAGUAGCAUCGUUCGUGAUCCUGCUACUGCCACUAGUCGUCGGCGCCCUCUACGACGCAAGGCGCGGCAUCGAUUCUCGGCCUGACCUCGACGGGCCUCGCCCCCCACUGCCAUUGUUCCAAGGCCUCGCAGAAUAUCUCGACACGGAAGCCUUCUACUACCCUGUGGUCGAACAACUAGUACAGAUGGUCCACCGGGUCUUCCCUUUCGCUCGCGGCCUGUUCGAGGACAAGGUUGCCAACUUUUGGUGUGCUCUAAAUGUGGUUGUCAAGAUCAAAAACUAUCCGCCCAAGCUGCUGCAGCGUGGUGCAUUGAUUGCGACCCUGGCGUCGAUCCUUCCUCCGAACCUUGUUCUCUUCUUGCGGCCGAGGAAAACCCUGCUACCGCUGGCGUUUGCGACCACAGCAUGGGGCUUUUUCUUGUUCAGCUAUCAGGUCCACGAAAAGAGUGUCUUGCUCCCCCUGAUGCCCAUGACCUUGCUACUGGCAGGGAAUCAGGGACUCAGUAAGAAUACCCGUGCCUGGGUCGGCUUCGCCAACAUUCUCGGAUGCUGGACCAUGUUUCCCUUGUUGCAACGAGUCGACUUGGUGGUGCCGUACACGGUCCUGACGCUUCUCUGGGCUUAUCUUCUGGGUCUUCCACCGACUUCGAUCAGCGCUUACACCCAGGAUGGAUCCCGCAGUUUGAGCCAGUGGGCAACCCUCUUCGUACACGGUGCGUUUUACUUGGCCAUGGCACUAUGGCACGUCCUGGCCAUGUCGUUGGCUCCACCGCCGGACAAGCCGGACCUGUGGGUGGUGGCCAACGUUGGUGUUGGUGCUGCUGGCUUCUCGCUCUGCUAUCUGUGGUGUCUAUGGAGACUGAUGCUGGAAGGCGAAACCCUGCCCGCGUCAUGGGUCGGGAGGGCGAAAACCAAGACUCAAUAG